UGACGAUAAAGACUAAUGAAGUAUAUCGUGAUUGAUGAACAUGGUGAAGGCUUUCCGAGAUGACAAAAGCAGUAACGAUUACAGUAGUGAUAACAGUAACGAUAACAGUAGAGGUGAAGUCUGAGGGCCUAGUGUCGACGAGUUGGCGACCAAGUCGACCCAUUAAAUAGGAAGAUGGACGCCACAGGACCAUUUACAUUCUCCGCAACUUCUCCAAUCUUGGCCGCAGUGUCUAUCCAUGUGCUCCUCAAAGUUUACAAGUGAAAGGACGAAUGAAUAAUGAAUAAAUAUCAAAAUGGCUCCGGAGUACAAUAGUGCGUCGCUACUAAACCUUUUGGAAAAAAAUUCUUGUUAUAUCACCAUCCGACAAAUGGCCAAGGGUUGAAGUGGUAGUUGUAUAGGCACCUGUCACAGUGUUACAGGUAGCGGCACAGAUAAAAGGAAACUGUAGAAAGACUGGGCCCUGCUCCUGUGAAUCAGACGAGGGGAUCAUAGACCUUUCUCCUUUGGCUGGAAACGGGGAUGCCAUGUUUAAGGAUGUUGUAAGCUCCUCCUUCAAUGGCUGGAAGUUCUCGUGGAACCCCUGCAUCCCAUUCACCGAAGGCAACUGCAGAAAUGUUGCAGUGUGUGAACUGAGUGAUGACGGUUACGCAUUUUAUAACUUGGGCACUCAGGAUUCUGCUUGGUUUUUAACAGUGUCCGGUGUGUUCCAGCUGUCCUACAAUGCUUCAGAUGAGGGAUUUCCUAGAGUGACGUAUGUGACCUUAGUGUGUGACCCCAGCCAGGAGAAGACCCUCGAUGCACUCGGACCACUCUAUUCAGCCACUUACGGAUUUGUCUUGACCAGCAAGUACUGCUGCCCCCGGCGUGAAACCACAGGACUGUCAGCAGGCUCUAUUCUUCUGAUUGUGUUCUUCGUGCUGCUGUUCGUGUACAUCGUGGGCGGCGUUGCCUUUCAAGUGGGCGUCCGUAAAUCGUCUGGCAAGGAGAUCAUUCCGAACUACACCUGGUGGUUUUCUCUACCUACACUCAUCAAGGAUGGUGUGAAGUUCACAGUCUCUUGUGGAAAGAUGUCGUACGAGAAACUCUGAUGUCGACAAGAAAACAUGGACAUGCUAUAGCUCUGCACACUUCCUCUUGUCUCUGCAAUUCAUGAACGUGUGAUGUGUGGUUCUCUAAUUUAUAAAUUCAGACAGUAGAAGACAUGAAUAAGCUUCACGUGCGUUGACUGUUCGUUACUGUGUAACAAGGGCAAAAGACUAGUGAACGCUCCGAUAAUGAGGUCGUAAAAAUAAUUUAAUGGCCACAUAAAGAGAUUUAGUCAGUUAUACAAAUAUCUACUUGGUCUGAAAGUAUACACCGAUGAAAGAAGGCUCUACUGUAUUUAACAGUGUAUUUGGGGUGCGGUUAAAUGAAACAUAAGUCUCUGUCUGUAGCACUUUAGUCUGUUCAUAUGUGUACUCCGCAAACAAUAAAACUUACUGGAACUGAAAGAAUCAUUCAUUGAAGCUUGCAUCUCGAGAGAGCAGAGCAUUGUUCACUGACAUUUCAGUAAAUAUUGUCUCGUUUAAAACUCAGCAUAGUCUUUUGAAACGAACACGUGGGUUUUUUUUUUCUCAUAUGUAGAGAUAUGAUUGACUCCACUUUCAUCAAGAGGAGACACGCCAGACAGAAAUUCCUCAAAGAAAAGACAAGAACUUGAAAGAUCCAACAGAACAUAAAAAAGCUGUAGGGAAAGAGUAGUAUUAAUUGGCUCAUUAACACAAUAGUGUAUAACAAAUACAACCUUAUCACCAUCAUUAUCAACACCAACAACAACGAUCAUCUAGGAAUCAUCUCGUCAACAUUUAUCAGUCUCUAUCCAUUAUCCAUCGUCCUCUUGAGCCCCCUUAGCCCUGGUUUGUUGUAGGAGCACAUGUCGGUAUUACUAUUAGCUCUUACAUCUCUCUAGGUUCUCUGCUACCUUUGUAGGGACGCUGGUACAGGUCAGUCUACUAUUGGAUGUCUUUACUUCCAUUAACUCUUUCAUCUUUCUAAGUUCUCUCUACCUGACUGACGGACUGACUGACUGAAGAAUAAUUGAUUGCAACUUGGUUUGACAAAGAGUCAAGAGAUGCAAACUAUCUUCUCUCCCUUAGUUUGUGACGAUGCAAUCUGUGUACACUACACUAGCAAAAUGAUUUGGACCACGCCGAAGUUAUUCAAUAUGUUUACUCUUGAGAACAAUGAUUAGACCAUUGGGAGUGCGUGCUAUAUCGACAAACAGGCCAAGGGUUUAACUGAUAAAUAACUAGGCGCAGAAGAUAAUUUCUCCGUGAGUUAUAACAAAGCAUGUGUCACCAUCAAUGCAUUGAAUGUAGACAAAGCUUUCGUUGAUAACUGAUGUGUAAUAAGUCAAAAACUAUUACAGUGUAUGUCGUAAAGUGGGCAAGUUGUUCUCUGGCUCUAGUGUAUUCGCACCGUGAAUGUAGUGUUCUGGGUUUACAAUAUCCACUGGGAAGAAUGCCAGGAAGAAACGUUGUUCUACUAAUUAUAGUUUGUCAGGUGUUACAGUAGCGGCACAGGUGAAAGGAAACUGUAGGAAGACUGGCCCCUGCUCCUGUGAAUCAGACGAGGGUGUCAUAGACCUUUCUCCUUUGGCCAGCAAUGGUGAUGCUACAUUUAAGCACGUUGAGUCCUCAACUUUUUAUGGCUGGCAGUUCUCGUGGAAUCCAUGUCUUCCAUUCACAGAAGGCACGUGUCAAAAUGUUGCU